AUGUCUCAUGCUGCUCUAACGCGAUGGCAUGGUUCGAAUACUGCCUGUUCGAAACUCAAAGACCAUCAUACGUGUGUGAUGCGGUGCUUGCGCGUGCGUCCUGUAGUGUGGCAUAGCGUGGUGUGGUGUGGUGUGGCGUGGUGUGGACAGUUCAGCCUUGUGGCGCGGAGGUUUAUUUGCAAGCGUGGAAUGACAUGCAUCCAUUUCAGCUGGGGUGCGUGCAAGUUUCCUUCAAGAUGGCGGGGAAGAUGGCGGGAGGAUGACGUCAUCGUGGUCGUCAUCAGUGCCCUCGAGAUCAGUAACAGGGGGCUUUGUUAUGAGGUCUAUAAGGAUUCCUAUCUUAUUGAAAACCGCAACAACUACCACUACAACUACCGCUACCACACAGUUACAACUACACUAACACUACAACUACCACUACUAACAUGUUCCCUGUUAUCGCCACCCGAUGUUUCCACUUUGAUUUGCGACGCAGGCAGUUAG